GCUGCAGGCCAGCGCGUCAAGGUUGGCAGAUACUCGGAGAGAGAUCAGGCCGCCGAUUCGCAAGCAAGCGCAAAGACGGCUGCUCCUGUUGGUUUCAAGAGCAAGGUAGUCAGUCGCCGGCAUUGCGAGCUCUGGUGCGACAACGGUCAGUGGUUCAUCAAAGACGUCAAGAGUAGUUCUGGUACCUUCCUGAACCAUGUUCGUCUGAGCAGUCCAGGAAUGGAGAGCCGUGCGUUUCCCCUGAAUGAUGGCGAUAUCGUCCAACUGGGUAUCGACUUCAAGGGUGGAGAGGAAGUCAUCUUCCGUUGCGUCAAGAUUCGCAUUGAGUGCAACCGAGGCUGGCAAAAGAGUUUGAACCAAUUCAACACUGCAACCCACAAGAACAUUCUAAAACAAGCAAAGGUCAACAACGCCAAAGACAGCGACGCUCAGUCAACCCACAGCUCAGAGUGCUCAAUCUGCCUGAACCCUGUCGCUCCAUGCCAAGCUCUCUUUGUCGCGCCCUGCUCACAUGUUUGGCACUACAAGUGCGUUCGCACUCUCAUCUAUCCCAGCUGGCCUAGCUUUCAAUGCCCAAAUUGUCGUGCCUAUGCCGAUCUGGAAGCCGACGUGGAGCCUCCAGAGGAA